ACACUGAGAAAAUUGUGACGUCACACUAGUCGGUUUCCAGGGCGGAUAAAUAGAUAUGGCGCGGCUUCUCGGCUCUUCGUCUUAUUCAGAAGUUCUUGACGACCUUAAAGAAUACAUCCAAUGGCUUGUCGAGAAACUAAACGACAAAAGAGUGGCUGUGGCGGGGGCCGGCCUGGGAGUCGCUUGGUUAUGCUACAUUAUCAAACAGACAAAAUCACAAUCAAAAUAUAUGGCUCUGAGAGAAGAAGCACUAGCUAACUUCCCUGCCUUGUGGAAUCAUAAUAAUAUUAUGGCAAGGCAUUUGACUCCGGAGAUGUACGUCCACCUCUGUGAUCGGAAAACGAGCAAUGGUUUCACAUUAGACCAGGCAAUCCAGCCCGGAGUCGACAAUCCGACUCAUCCGAAUAUUUCACCGUGUGGAAUCGUAGCAGGCGAUGAGGAAUCCUUUCGAGUAUUUGCAGAGCUUUUUGAUUUAGUGAUCGAAGAACGCCACAAUGGCUAUAAGCAAAAUGCGACUCAUGUUUCUGAUACCAACCCUACAAAAGUCAAGCAUGGCAAGUUCGAUGAGAAUUUUGUUCUUUCGUGUCGAGUUCGGGCAUGCAGAUCGAUCAAAGGGUUUCGACUCUCGCCCAUCAACAGUCGCAAGGAAAAACGUGGAAUUGAGCAAAUCGCGAAGAACGCACUCGGAACCAUGCAGGGUGAAUUUGAAGGUCGUUACUACGCUCUCUCGUCAAUGACACCACAGGACUACCAUCAUCUAUCCUUGGAGCACGUGCUCAGUGACGCCACUAAGCAUCCGCUAAUUGUAAGCAGCGGUAUGUCACGUGACUGGCCCGAUGGGCGCGGCGUAUGGCACACGAAAGACAAAAGCUUCCUUAUAUGGGUCAACGAGGAAGACCAUUUGAGGGUCAUCUCCAUGGAAACGGGUGGCGAUUUGGAAAGAACGUACGAGAGAUUUUAUCGCGGGCUCAAGGAGCUUGAGAGUAGGAUUCAGAAAUUUGGGCACGAGUUCAUGCGAAACAGGCAUCUGGGCUACAUCAAUACUUGUCCGAGUAACCUUGGCACUGGUCUAAGAGCAAGCGUGCACGUCAAGCUGCCUUGCCUGGGAAAGGAUCCUCGAUUUGAUGCUAUUCUCUGCUCUUUACGUCUUCAGAAGCGCGGAACAGAUGGUGACAACACCCCCAUAAGAGAAGAUAUCUAUGACAUUUCAAACGCUGAUAGACUUGGAUACACAGAGGUUCAAUUGGUUCAAAAGGUGAUUGACGGGGUGAAUCUCUUAAUCAAGAUGGAGAAACGACUCGAGAGAAACCAAUCAAUCAAUGAGUUCGUGCCAUUCAAACUAUGAAACAUGAGAUGGUUAAAGGAAUGAUUUCUAGUCAAAGACAAUAGAUACACACACACGAUGAAUGCCUUGUCGUGAUCAAUAUAAUAUGGAUGUCCAAAGAAAUCUAAAGGAAAUAAUAGUUAUACUACAUGA